AUGCCGAACGGGGCGGUCGCGCCGCUGUUCGACCUCGGGCGGGAGCUCGGGGUGGGCUUCAACCUCGGCUACGCCGAGAUCGUCCGCGAGGGGAACCGGAAGCGGCGCUUCAACACCUCGAUCCUGGUGGAUCCGGCGGGGCGGAUCGCCGGCAAGUACCGCAAGGUGCACCUCCCCGGGCACGACAACCACGAGCCCGACUGGCCGUUCCAGCACCUCGAGAAGGCGUACUUCGAGCCGGGCGACCUCGGUUUUCCGGUGUUCGACGCCUACGACGGGCGGGUCGGCAUGUGCAUCUGCAACGACCGGCGUUGGCCGGAGACGUACCGGGUGAUGGGCCUCAAGGGACUCGACCACCUCCAGAACUUCCACAACCUCUCUCCAUGCAGGCCGGCGCCUACCAGAACGGGGCCUGGGUGUUGGGGGUCGCGAGGCGGCCGGGAGGAGGGCUGCGACCUCAUCGGGCAGAGCUGCAUCAUCGCGCCGACGGGCGAGAUCGUCGCGAUGUGCACGACCCUCGGGGACGAGGUGGUGGUUGUGGUCGCGGACUGCGACCUCGAUCGCUGCGGCGAGAUCCAGAGAAACAUCUUCAACCUCGCCCUCCAUCGCCAGCCGCAGCACUACGGGAUCAUCACCGAGGUCCCGGACUGA